AUGUGGAUCAUCAACUGGUUCUAUGACAUGCUGGCCUCCCUUGGCCUGCUCAAUAAGCAUGCCAAGCUUCUCUUCCUCGGUCUGGACAACGCUGGAAAGACCACCCUCCUGCAUAUGUUGAAGAACGACCGGGUUGCGCUUCUCCAGCCUACCGCCCAUCCGACAUCGGAAGAACUUGCGAUUGGCAACAACCGAUUCACGACCUUCGAUCUGGGUGGUCACCAGCAGGCCCGUCGUCUCUGGAAGGACUACUUCCCCGAAGUCAGCGGUAUCGUCUUCCUCGUCGACGCCAAGGACCACGAGCGAUUCCCCGAGUCCAAGGCCGAGCUCGACGCCCUUCUCGCCAUGGAGGAGCUGUCCAAGGUGCCCUUCCUGGUGCUGGGUAACAAGAUCGACCACCCCGAUGCGGUCAGCGAGGACGAACUGAGACACCAGCUCGGUCUGUAUCAGACCACGGGUAAGGGCAAGGUUCCUUUGGAGGGAAUCCGACCCAUCGAGGUUUUCAUGUGCAGUGUUGUCAUGAGACAGGGAUACGGCGAGGGUAUCAGAUGGUUGUCGCAAUACGUUUAA